AAAAAAAAAUCACAUCCGGAAGAAAGCACAGGGCGUGUGUUAGAGGCCACCCUCUUCCAUCUAUCUCCCUUUGAAGAGAUCCUCUGAUUAACACCCUCAAACCUGUCUCUCUUCACUCUCACAUCUUUGAUUUGCGCUUUUAUAUAUAAGUUCCGAUUUCUUUGAAACAUCUAAGUUUUGGCCUUCUUGGAAGCUUCAUUUACAGUUUGACUUCAGAGAAAUCUAACAAUUUGGAUUUCUUUCCAGUCUCGAAAGUGAUUAUUUUUUCUGAGGUAAGAACCAACCAUGGUUUUUAUUUAUCUUCGAUUUUGAUAUGGCUUCAGAAUCUUGCAUUCUUGAGGUCAUUAUCGAUAAUAUUGAAUCAUGGGUUUUGCUUUUCUUAGAGUUUUGAUUACGUGUGAAGAGAGGACGUGGUAAAUUUGGAGCUCUUAUUUUGAAAGUGUUUUGAAACAGAAAGUUUGAGGCUUUGUUGUUCUGGUAGAUUUGGAUUUGAUGGAGUAGGUUAUGAUCUCGAGAAAGGAAAAUUUUUGAUUUUUUUUUUAUCUGGGAUUUUGUGGUAUAAUUGAUUUCUUUAAAGUAAGGGAAUUUGGAUUUGGGGGUUGAAAUUGUGGCGUUUUAGGGUGGAAAGAGCUAUGGUUGAUCAUUUGAUUAGGUGAAAUCGGGUGUUUGUAGUUGGUCUCGAGAGUUACUUGGCGAUUACAAUUUAGGGUUUUUAUAUCGUUUGAGUUUAAAGCGGGUGUAAAAAUGGAUGAUACUGAGGAUGAUGCAAGGUACCCACAAAAUCCAUACGGUGAGAACAACCAGCGGAGUUAUGUCUCUAACCGUCACAAGCUUCCUGUGGGGAAUGCUACCUAUUCUAGGCCAGUCGAUAAUCAAUAUGCUGUUAGUGAAGAUGAGGAUAGUGAUGAUGAAGAAGAAGGUGAGCAUGAGUUAGGAGAUGAAGAUGGGGAGAAUAAUCAGAAUAAUGGCAUCCAUUAUGUGGAAAAAGAUGUGGAUGAUGAUGAUGAUGAUGAGGAGGAGGAGGAGGAGGAGGGUGUUGAUGUUGAGGAGGAUGGGGAUGAUAAUGAAAAGUAUAGUAGGGGGAUUGAUGAUGACCACGAGGAUGAUGAUAUAGAAAGGCAUCCGAAAAAGCGAAAACUAAAGAGUUUAGUUUCUAGUUAUGAAUUUGCUCCUCGUGUCCCAUUACCCCCUGUUGCAGCUCUAGCAGUGCCAAAACCAUCAGUUGGUGGACGAAAUCCACUUACAGACUGGACUGAGCAUGAAACAUUUGUUUUGCUAGAUGCUUGGGGUGAGAAGUUUUUGCAACGUGGGAAGAAGAGUCUUCGAUCUGAUGAAUGGCAAGAAGUUGCAGAGAAGGUUUCGGAUAAAUCAAAGAUUGAGAGGACAGACACACAAUGUAGGAAUCGUUUGGAUACAUUGAAAAAGAAGUACAAGAUUGAGAGGAUUAAGCUAGCAGAGGAUGGUGGUGGUGCUAGCAAAUGGGUUUAUUUCAAGAAGAUGGAUGUUCUAAUGUCGACAUCGGCUCAGCAAGGUGGACUCUCCUGUGGGAUGGACUCGGGAGAGUAUGUUUCCAUGAACCCAAGAGUAUAUUCAAACCAUUCCAAUGGGUUUGAUGAGAUGAGGGAUAGUCCAGGGAAUUCAGAAUUAGCUCGUGAUGAGGAUGAUUCAGAUGGACUCCCACCCAAGAAGAGAAGGCUUGGAAGAGAUUGUAUUGAGCAGUCCCCUUUUGGAUUGCUUGCAGAUUCUAUCCAUAAAUUUAGUGAGAUAUACGAGAAGAUUGAGAUUAGUAAAAGGCAGCAGAUGUUGGAACUAGAGAAGAUGAGGAUGGAUUUUCAGAGAGAUUUGGAAAUGCAGAAGAGGCAAAUCAUUGAGAGAGCACAGGCAGCGAUAGCCAAAAUCCAUCAAGUCGGUGAAGAGGAGGACAGCAUCUCUGCCAAUAGUGCUUAGCAUGCGUGAUUCUGUAUCUGAUUUUCUGAGCAAAAUGUAAUUAGCAUUUUCUGCUUCGAGGCGUAUAAUGUUGGGGUCUUUUGCUCCUUCAUUCCCAUGUUGUAAACGCUAUUGAGUAGCUUAUUGUAUUGGCUGUAAUAGAAGAAAUGGGAAAAGAAGAUGAUUGCUCCAGACGAUUGUGGUUA